AGUUUGCAAACAAUUCAAAAGUCUCCCUCCCCCCAAGAACAAUCCAUGUUAGAUUUUCAUUCUCUCAAGAAGCCAUUUUCUUAUUUCAUCAGCAACAAACUUAAAGAUUGAGUUUCAUUGUUUAUGAAUAAGAGUUUCACUUGAAAAUCUGGGUUCCAAAGUAUUUGUGCAACUUUUUUUUGUACGCAGUGAAAACUGAAAAUGACAAGCUAUUCUGGAACUCAGUUACGUGUGCUGGUCUUAGCUUGUGUGUUUUGUUUGGCCACCAGCAUUUCCAUAGAAGAAAAAGUGCAACAAUUGACUGAGAAUUACGGUGAGCUGAAAAAAAGUUUCGAAUCCAGGGUCACUCAGUUGGAAACAAAGGUAUUUCAGCUGGAGACCAAAGUUGCACAACAAGAAUCCCUUAUUGCCUCCUUAAGGAUGGACAAUCCCAGUUCCAGAAUGGCAACUGAUCCAACCGAAAUUGACAAUAACGAAAGCCAAAUAUACUCUCGAACGUGCCAAGAAAUUUACGAUUACGAUAACUCUCAAAGUUCUGGCUUCUAUAUCAUCGAUCCCGAUGGCCAAGAUUUGAAUGGAGAGUCCGAAGAACCAUUUCAAGUUUACUGUGACAUGACAACAGAUUAUGCUGUAACGACAGCCGUUAUACACGACAGUGAAACGAAUAUCGAAGCAGAAAACUGUCUGGAUCCCGGAUGUUACAAAAGAGACAUCCACUAUUCAGCAAGUGACAAGCAAAUGGCAACUUUGGCAGAACUAUCCAAGGAAUGUCAUCAAUAUUUCAAAUACGAUUGCAUCGAAGCGCCAUUUGAAUACGAAGGGGUACAAGUGUCUUGGUGGGAUGACCGAUACGAUAACAAACAAUAUUUUUGGUCGGGAAAAGCCACUACUACCCACACAUGCGAUUGUGGUAUCACCGGCAGUUGCAUCGAAGCAAACAAGAAAUGCAAUUGCGAUUCUGGUAUUGCAGAUGUACGUACCGAUGAGGGCAUCAUCAGCGACAAGAAUAUUUUGCCCAUUAAACGACUUAACUUUGGUCGUACCCACGCCGGGUCUGGCCAACACACGCUGGGCAGAUUCGAGUGUACUGGAAAGAAAGUAGUUGAUGGAAAGCCGACAUCCUGCGCAGAUCUACGGAUAUUAGGACACACGUUAAGCGGAUUCUACUUGGUUAAAGGAACAAAUUCUGUCGAAAGCGUUUACUGUGAUUUCAGAAAACUUCAAGAAGAACAGGGAUUUCAGACAUCGAUAGGUAAAAUCGAUGUUCAAUCAACGCCUGUCUACUUUUACGUUCAGACAAACGACAUAUUCAAAGAAGUACUCACACCUAUAAUCUUCCAAGUAACACCGCUCAAUAUCGGAGGUGCCAUGAACGGAGAAACAGGAAUUUUUAUAGCCCCUGUAACUGGAACAUACUUCUUUUCCCUAUCCGGAGUCGGUUAUAUGAGUUAUUCUUAUAACGGCUACAUGCGCAUAUCGCUAACGAUGAACAACAAUCGAAUCGGAAGAGCGGAAGUACAUUUGUCAGAGAGUCCAGGCUAUAGUACUUUCGCUCUACAGUCGACGCUUUAUCUGCAAGAGGGAGACACGGUUUGGGUGCAGAUCGAAGAACGUAAUCCGGUUUAUUUAUACGACGAUGGAACCCGUUUGACCCAUUUUACUGGUUUGUUAUUACAGCAAGACGUCAUUAUUAAAAGGUGGCACAACAAGUGUGGAACGACCGCAACAACUGGGGACCGAUCAUUAACAAUGAAUUUGAAAGGAAACGUAACACAACUAAUGCUGGUCCUUUCUUUGGUACGGUAUAAAUUGCGAGUCUACAACGAAAAUAAACUCAUACUAUCCACGAUUUUGAAAAUGGCUCGCUUCUCAGCAUUCCGUUUCGUUGUCUUAUUGAUGACCUGGCAGACCUUUGCCACUUUUACUUUGGGAGAAAAACUACCUAAAGAGUUCGAUGACGCUAAAUCAAAAGAAACUUACGAAGUUCUAGUGCAGCAAAUAAACAAAAUAACGAAACCUUUGGCAGCAAAACUUGCGCUACUUGAAGCAAAGAUAACUGAACUAGAAGUCCAAGUUCAACGGCAAGAAUCGCUGAUUACGUCGAUGAAAAAUCAAGAGUCAACCAACAACCUGCCUGUUUCAGAGAAUUCUGAAACCAACAGCGCAUUAGUUCGAAACGCCGAUGCCGAUCUGAGACAGGGAACUCGAUUACCAACUUCAUGUUUAGACUUGAGAGUUAAUGGACACACUUCAAGCGGGCUGUAUUCCAUUAUGGGAUCGAAAUUCGUUGAAACUGUUUUCUGCGAUUUCUCAAAACAAUCCUUCGAAACAAGUUUCCAGAAAUGGAUCGGUUACGUUGAUGUAAAAACGGCCCCAGUCUAUUUCUAUGUAAAUAGAAAUAGUCAUCUGCCAACUGCGAACGUGUCGAUUACGUACGAAUCUGCAAGAGUGAACGUGGGAGGAGGAAUGAACGCAGCUACUGGAAAAUUCACGGCACCCCGAACGGGAAUUUAUUUCUUCUCCUUUUCCGCAGUGGCGGCCUUCCCCGCGUCCUCAACUUUACUCGAAUUCUCAGUAGGCCUUUAUUUGAAUGGUACUCUGAUUGGCGCGAGUUACGUCGAAGACGCUAACAUCGACAGUGUCAAUCACCAUGACUGCCCGUUUUCCCUCCAGUCGACGGUAUCAUUGAACAAGGGUGACCAAAUCUGGCUUCAAAUUCGACUUCUGUCAUCGCGAGUAUAUUUAGCUAAUGACUACACUUAUUUUACUGGUUGGCUGAUAGAAGAAGACCUUUCCCAGUCACUUUUGUAACUAGGAAGAAAUCCUUUGUGAACCUGCGUUAUGGAAAUACACUUAAAGAUGACCGCCA